UGGACAUGAUAAAAAUAAUGUUCAUUACUAAUUCCUUCUUCGUUCGUGUUACCUUAGCCCCCCUUUGGCGUUAAUUCCUACUACUACUGAUUCCCAUAUUUUUCCCCCUUUAAUAAAAUCGACUACGAUCAACCUUUCCCAGUCGACGAUUCUCAGUCGGAAUGAGUUCUACAAGCGCUCUUCGAGAUCUACAGCGCGAGUUGGAGGCCAAAGCCAACGAUCUCAGCAAGCUACAGAAAGAUAUUGCGAAAAAUCACCAAGUGAGGAAGAAGUACACUGUUCAGCUGGGUGAGAACGAGCUCGUCCUUAAGGAAUUGGAUUUACUUCAAGACGACACAAAUGUAUAUAAACUGAUUGGUCCAGUGCUCGUGAAGCAAGAUUUGGCAGAAGCAAAUGCAAAUGUGCGCAAGAGAAUUGAAUACAUCUCUGCAGAAUUGAAACGUCUUGAUUCAGCCCUUCAAGAUUUGGAAGAGAAGCAAAAUAGCAACAGAGAUGCGAUAUUGAAGUUACAACAGAGGAUACAAUCUCUGCAGGCUGGAAAAGUUAAAGCAUAACAUGUUUUACUGUUGUUUUCAGCUGUACGUUCUAAACUUAUGUUAUCUUUUUGCAAUCUCUCUUGUAUCAGUUAAAGAUAAACUCACUCAAAAGCUUGACAAUACUUAGUUUGAUUUUGAAGCUUGACAAGACUUAGUCCGAUUUUGAUUUUA